GCCUGCGUGUGGAGCCGCUCGUUAAGCCCCGCCCCCGUUGUCACACUGGGACGUCGUUAGGUAGCAACAGACCCCCUGUGUUUGCGGCUGUUUGUAGCUGUCUUCAUCCCGGAACCAACGGAGCGUUUGGAGCAGCGGGGCUAAACACCGGGACGGCCGGAUGAGUGUGCCGACUUUCAUCCCCUCUGGUGAGGUGACUGAAAUAAGCCGCAUCCAUUAUGACCUGGAAUACACGGAGGGCAUCAGCCAGCGCAUGCGAAUACCCGAAACCCUCAAAGUCGCCCCCGAGAGCAGUGGGGGGCACGUUCAACCUCAGGACCCCCUGCCACCUCAUUCCGCUUUGAUGCAGGUUCCUGAGAGAAUUGUUGUUGCAGGUGACGAUGGAGACCUGACAUUUCCUCAUCCCAGGGACUUGGACCUCAUUCAGUCAGUUCCUCCUGUAGACCUGCUGAGCAUGAAGGCACCCCCACACGUCCUCACCCUGACGGAACAGCCCCUGGACUCGCUGGAAACCGACCAAACUGCCAACACCCAAAGAAAUUCCAGCAACGUGCAGACCAGCGUCCACGCUCGAGCAAGACGGGAGCGCAGUGACAAUGUCUCCAGUCGCCAUAGCAACCAGAUGAGCAGAGGGGACGUAUGUGUGACUCCUUCUCCUCAUGCACCUCCUCUCCGUUUGUGUCCUCCUCUCUACUCACCUGAAGAUGCCAACAUCAACCUGUUCACAGCUGCUGGGCUGCUGUCCUACAUCCAGUCCACCACUCGCCGUGCAUACCAGCAGGUCCUGGAGGUUCUGGAUGACGGCCAGCGCAGGACACACCUGGACUCCACCUUGGAAAUCAAUCCAGACGAGUCUGGAUUUGUUGAUGCGUCGUCGCUGCGGCGUCAGAUCGUGAAGCUGAACCGGCGUCUGCAGCUUCUGGAGGAGGAGAACAAAGAGCGCUCCAGGCGAGAGAUGAUCCUGUACUCCGCCACCGUGGCGUUCUGGCUCAUCAACACUUGGAUCUGGUUACGGCGCUGAUGGAGACUGAGCACCUCCCUGAGAAAACAGGAGUCCUGCUGCUUUUUAAAGAAAGCUCCUCUGAACUAUUAAAGCUGAAAUCUGUGGCAGCAGUUCACCAGACCACACGGGUUUGAUGAACUGCUGCCACAGAUUUCAUCUGGAAACUGGAAUAAAGAAAACUGUUUUGUUUCAUGGAAAUACCCUGAUGUUUACUAUCAUUAGACAGAAAUAAACUCAUGCUGUGAAACAAAGCAGAAGCUUCGGAGCAGGAGAGGCGUACGCAGACGAGAGCUCCGUCUGCAGCAGAUUUGAUCUGUAAAUAAACUCAGUCUAGUGUCAAAAAUAGACCUUAAUCUACAGAUGCCAUAAUGUAAUGUCAGCUCCUCCUCACCUAAAACACAUGUACUUGAAGAAGUUAUCGUUCCAGCAGGUGAAUGCUGCAGUUGGUUCAGUUUUUGCUAGAAAUCAGGUUUUCUUUUGGGUCAAAGGUUUCUGUCUGGCAGUGAUGCGAACAUUUGGUUAUUUCAUAUCCAAAUGAGUUAUUUAUUGCCACUAUGAUGACUUGUUUUGUUUUAGGCUGGUUCAUCACAUGUCAUGCAAUGUUUUCUGUGAAUUAUAACCCGUAGUUGUGAUUUAAAUGUAUAUUAUUUAUUUUUUGUAAAGUAUGGAAGUAUAGUUUGGGUGUUUUCUUUAAUAAAUGUGUGCUCAUUGGCAGGUCGAA